GGUAGUUCGGAAUUCCAUCUUAACCGCGCCUGUUGAAUGAAUGUGAACUCUUGUGGUUUGGGUCUUAGUGGGAAAAGUGUGUAAAAACGAGAAGUUAUCAUUAAUUACGUCGGAAGUUUUACAAGCUUCCGAAAUUGUAUUCCAUAUCUAAAAGGAUUUCUCCUCAUCAAGUUUUGUGAAAGGUUUCAUCGUUUGUAGGAAUCAUGGGAACCAAGAAACAUGAAAAUACCCACUCCGAAGUACCAUUGGUUGUGCGGUGCGGCUUCGGCUGGCUGACCUUCAUCGCCGAAAUCCUAUUAGCUGGAUCCCUCGGUCUCGUCCUCUUCUGGGUCUUCAACUAUCACGGAGGUGUCGCAUGGUCGGGCGAUGGGUCCAAGCAGAUGAACCUCCACUACGUUCUCAUGGUGGCUGGAUUCACCUUCAUGAACGGUCAUUCCAUGCUCGUGUACCGUUGCUUCCCUUGCUGCAAGAAAAUCUACAGCAAGAUCGUGCACGCCAUUCUUUUUGUGAUGUCCAUUGCCUGCAUCGCCAUCGGUAUGUACGCCGCCAUUGAUGCGCACAGUGAUGGACCCAACCCCGUCCACUUCUACAGCAUGCAUUCGUGGAUUGGACUCGUGGCUUGCGGACUCUUCGCACUCCAGUUUAUCUUUGGCUUCUUCACCUUCCUCGUGCUGCUGUGCUGUGACGGCGCCACUGCCAAGUUCAGACAAGCUGUGCUGCCGACCCACGUGACUUUUGGAUUGGUGAUCUUCAGUGUUGCCGUUGCUGCUGCGCUGACAGGCCUGACGCAAUCGGCAAGAUACAGGCUAAGUGGCAAGGACGGAAAGCCGAACUAUAAGGACUUCCCGGAGCAAGGUAUAGUGAUCAACGUUCUUGCAAUGUGCCUUAUUGCUUUGGCCAUCAUUCUCCCGUACAUCAUCAGGAAUAGCAACUACAAGAGAUACACCACGUUGACCAUCAACUGAAAAAAUUGUGACUUCAAAUGAAGGGAAGAUUUAGUUGGGUGAAAACCACAAAGGGGAUUUGUGGAGCCGGACAGUCGAAUUUUGUAUUCCUCUGUCAACUUUUCUUUACUGCCGCUCCUUAUCACAAAGCUAUUUUAUCAUAAUUAAGGGUGUCCUUGUAAUUUUGAACUUAUUCCAACUUUUAAAGCAAGGACAAAGACACAUUUGUAUGUGUAUUUGAUUUUUUUUUAUUAUUAUGUAAAUUGGAAAUACCUUUAAUAUUCAUACUUAGUAUUAUUCAUUCAAUAAUACGUCAGAUUCAAAAGAAAACUUCGGCAAUAGCUGGAAUUACUUACAAGUUAAAAAUACUUACUGUGUUCAUGACUGCUGCUAAGUUUUUACCUAAUGUAUUUUGUAUGGUGUCUUACUCUAUAAGAAUUUUCUAUGCUAUUUUUAAAAAAAUUUUAGAGACAUAUUGUACAACAUACGUCAUCAUUUUUAUGUGCUCUUUUCAAACUAGCUUAAAAAUAUUUUUCAUUUGUGUUAGAUAAAAAAAUUAAUAAAUAAAGUGGCUUAAAGAAGCAAAGGAAUGGCUUUGAAAAUUCCAACGAACUCAUUAUUUUACUAUGAAAUAUUCUGAUUGAAUGACGCGUUGUUCUUUUAGCCAUCUCGAAUUCAUCUCUGUUUCCACUGAUUUCUUGAUUGUAUUAUUAAUUUCUGGGGGGUUAAUAUUAAAACUAAGUAUUACAGACAGCUAUAUUAUUGUUUUUUUAAAACAUGUCUUGCACGUUUUAGUGAGAACAAGAUUUUAUCCGAAAUUUUCAACAUUUUAACGUAAAUUUAAGAUGAAUUUUCUCUUAUUAAAAUAGAUGAAUCAAUUAAUUAAAUUCUAACUCCCCUUGACAUAAGUAGCUGAAAUAAAGUACUCAUUCUUUUAUCCGUUUUUAAAGUAUGACAAAAUGUAUAACUGUUUUUAAAUAUAUAUAUAUAUAUAAAUACAUUUUUAAAACUUCUCCUCUACAACUUUUAAAACUUAUAAUUUUUACCAAAGCUGUGUAAAUGCUCAAAAAGCAUUUUGAAUUCGGAAACUUUUACAUGCCUUUGUAUUAUGUGCUUAUGCAAAAUUAUAGAAAGUUUUGAUCGUCUUCGUACUUUUAUAGUAUCAUUAUUUUAAUCAAAGUAUUAUUCGCCUGAUUUUUUUUUUAAAUCUAUAUCUAUAUAUUUUUUAUAUCUACUAUAUUUUUUUAUGAUAUAUAAUCGCUAGGAACGGAAAACAAGAUUUGGCUUCCGCCUGACGAAUUUGUUGAUUUCUAAAUUAAUCUCGACUUUUAUUUGAACUAUUUAAUGCUUCUCCAUAAACUUUUCAUAUAAAAUGGUAGCAAAUUGUUUGUUUAACGUUAAAAGUGGAGUAACAAAAAUGUAAAAACUCCAAACUAACUUCCAGAAACAAAUUUUAAAUUAAAAUUUCCGACUUUUAUGUAAACAUUUAUUUACAUUAGAUGCGUUCAAACUUUUAUACAGCGAGAUCUUUCAUCCUAUCCCGGAAGGCCAUGAUCCUGAAUGCCUCAAGAACAAUCAAUUUCCAGAGGGCGAUUUAUAUAAAAAUACCCAGGGUGCCUUGUUCAUAUUACUUAAAAGUUACUGCUGAUCGUGAUACUGUGGAUAAGCUAUCAGCACUUCUGUUAAUAUUGGCGUCGCAUGACAAAAUAAUUAUUGUCCUCUUGGCUAGAGAAUAGGGCACUUUAGUUAGAAGACCGACGUAUCUACCAUUUCGGAUCAAACUGGCACAUUGGCGUGGUUGUCUUUUCUGGUAUGAUGUCGCCUUUUGGCGAAAUUUCACUGUGAGCAACUGGUGUUGCUGUUUUUUACACUACAUUUGAACUAAGCGAAAUCCGCGCUGUGUAGUGUGUAGUGCUAAAAUAGUUUAGAUCUGUAGAACCCGUAAUAUUUUACCCCAAAAACCGCGUUUUGAAAUCGGAUCUACUGUUCCAACAUGGCGAAUAUAUGUUUUUUUCUAGCAUUUAAACGUUCAUCAAUUUGAUGAGAAUUUGCAAUGUUCGAAAUUUCAAUUUGUAAAUCCUAGCGUUUUAACAAUGGGCAAUCUGAUCCAAAAUGCACGUGAUGCGUCUGCCCAUAUAUCUAUAGUGCAUUCAACUAGAAGUGAUAGUUGAAGUAAACAAAACAACGUGAAACUUGGCGAUAGCGUUGUCUGCUUGGCGCUGGAAGGAUUGAAAAAAGUGCCAAUCAGACACGCAAAUGUUCAUGAACUCUAAAGUGAGAAUCGCCUAUCUAAUGAGUUAUUGAUGAAAGUGGCAAAUGUUGACGUGAAAUAGCAACCCUCUUUGUUUACUUCCGCUAUCAUUCCUUCCUGAAUACUCUAUACUGGCAUCAAUCUUGGCUGGAUUGGAGGCACCAUGAUUUUCACCUUGAUUGCUUGAGGAGAUCAGUCGUGUGUGGGUUGUCAGUGAUUGUUUUUUACCUAUUGAUGCCUCUAUUCUGCUGAAACGCAAGAUUGUUUUUCUCUAAUGAAUUUCAUUUUAUUUUAUGUAUUCAUGUGUCCUGUGUGCAUACUUACUUUUUCCAUUGUCAUAUAACAUUAUGAACGUAUUUGUAUUUAUAAAAAAUUGUAUUAGUUUGAAUGUAAUAAAUUUCUUUAUAUUUA